UUCAAACGACUAUUUGUUCUAGAGGAGUAUAGAGGGAAGGGAAUUGGGAAGGCGCUGGUACAGGAAGUUAUUAAGACGGCGAGAGAGAAGGGGUAUAAGGAGAUCAGGAUUUCCGCCGAGAUACAGCUGGAGAGGGAGAUUGAGAGUUAUAAGCGGUAG